UUUAGUACAGUUCCUUUCUUCUACCGCUGAAGCGGGCGCACAGGCGGUUCAGUUCUGUCCAACUUUCUUCUUCUGCUAAAACGGGCGCAUAGGCGGCCGUUUUCAUGCUCCUAUGCUGCUGAGGGCCAUGCUUCUCAGCUUUCAGGCACAGAAAAAUCUCUCAAACACUACAAGCCUCACCUUCUUGUCCGGCUUUUGAUUGACCCACCUCUCUCUCUCUCUCUCUCUCUCUCUCUCUCUCUGUGGGAAUCAUAGACUCCUCAAAUAGAGGUACUUCUAUUAUUUCCAACCUUUUUUUGUUGUAAAUACCUGUUAACUUUGUCAUAUAUAGCCCGCAGUAAAUUUGGUUUUUCUCGAGCAUAAUUUCUUCUUCGUCAAAAAUGGUGUUCUGGGUAGUCUUUAUUUUUAGUUUUUGAGCAAAAAAGACUGGGUUUUGAGAAGCUUCAAUGGUGGAAUAGCGUUGGGUUUCACUGACCCCAAAGAUUUGGUAUGAGGCAGUUUGUGGUAUUGUUUGAAAAAAUCGAAUUGGGGGUUGAUGGGUAUUUGCUCAUGUUCAAGGAUAUUUUUAGCUGAGUCGUGUUUACUCCGGAACCAAGUCAUUCUCCGCGAAAAAUGCAUUGUUAGAGGUUAUUAUGCUGCUGCUUCUGCAAUUUUUUCAGAAGACCAUAUGUUCGAUGAAAAUCCUAAAAUUGAAACUAAUUUAAUUGAUAAAGUUAAUAUGCCGAGAAACAGGUCACGUAUCCGGAAAAAGCCCAAACUAUUUCCGUUAGUUGGCAGAGUUUUCAAGUCUUUGGAUUGGAUUGGAUUUCCAUACUUUUCAACAGCCGUGAGAAAGUAUGGAUUUUCUCAUUCAAUCGAUGCAUUUAGAAUUAUUGUUCAUAUAUUCGCAUUAGCUAGGAUGCAUAUGGAAGUUCAUGCUUUGCUUAGAGAUAUCAUUAGAUAUUAUAAUGAAGUUGGUUAUGAUGCGUUUGAAUUGUUUCCAACUUUACUGGAUUCAUCUCAGCAUGCGGUGAGAUCGAUUGUUGUAUUUGAUGUACUAAUAAAAGUAUUUGCGGCCAAUUCAAUGCUUGAGAAUGCUGUGGAUGUGUUUAUGCGGGCUAAAAGUAUUGGCCUUAAACCAGAUAUGUUUUCGUGUAAUUUCUUAUUGAAGUGUUUGGUGGAAGCAAAUAAAGUGGAAUUUGUUAGAAGUUUAUUUGAAGAUUUAAAAAACUCUGGACCAUCACCUAACGUUUACACCUACACAAUUAUGAUGAACUUUUACUGUAAAGGACAUCUUUGUCAGGAUGUAGAUAUUGGACAAGCGACUGAGAUUCUCAAAGAAAUGGAGAUGAGUGGGGAAAACCCAACUGUUGUGACAUACGGUACAUAUAUCCAUGGACUUUGUAAAGUUGGUUGUGUCGAGUUUGCCUUGGAAUAUAUUCGGAAUUUGAGAUGGAGAAACCAGCCUGUGAAUAAUUAUUGUUAUAAUGCUAUUAUAUAUGGGUUUAGCCAAAAAGGUGAAGUAUAUGAAGCUUUGAAAGUUUUGGAAGAAAUGAAGAGCUUUGGAAUAUCGCCAGAUGUUUACAGUUACAGCAUUUUGAUUGAUCGGUUUUGCAAGAUGGGGGAUAUUGAGAAAGGUCUGAAUUUGAUUGAGGAAAUGGGUCAAUAUGGUUUGAGACCAUCUCUAGUUAGCUAUAGUUCACUCUUCUAUGGUCUAUGUAAGGGCGGACUGAUGGACAUCACACUAGACAUGUUCCAUAAUCUUGGGGAUGCUGGUUAUAGAUACGAUCAUAUCGCUUAUGAAAUCUUAAUCAAUGGAUUUUGUAUGCAGGGCGAUAUGGAUUCUGCCUGUAAACUUUUGGAGGAGAUGAUCAGCAAUAAUUUGGUUCCUGAUGCUUCUAAUUUCCAGAGUCUGAUUCAUGGGUUCUGCAAGUUGGGCCUCUUAGAUAGGGCCUUGGAAGUUUUCAAUAUCAUGCUACUUCAUGGUGUCUUGCCUAAUACCAUCACUUGCAAUGUUAUAAUUGAUGGAUAUUGCAAGGAAGGGCACUUGGAGGAAGCCUUGAAACUUAUGGAUGAAAUGCAAGACCUAGGCAUUUUCCUUAACUCAUAUACCUAUAAUGCAGUUAUUGACAGGCUGUGCAAGGAAAGAAAAUCAGAAAAAGCUUGGGAAAUUUUUCCUCAAAUGCUUAAGAGGAAUGUACUACCUGGAGUUGUUAAUUAUGGUACGCUAAUGGAUGGUUUUGCCAAACAAUCAAAUUUUAGGAAGGCCUUGAUGUUGUACACAAGAAUGCUAAAAGUUGGGGUCAUGCCUGACACAGUCACGUAUUCAAUUCUUAUUAACAUAUUUUGCCGAAGACACAAAAUGCGUGAAGCAUAUAAAUUGUUCAAGGAAAUGACUGAAAAAGGUUUGGUUCCAGAUAAGAUUUCUUACACAUCUUUGAUAGCUGGGUUUAGCAGAACUAAAGACAUGAAGAAGGCUUGGGCAUUGUUCGCUGAAAUGUUGAGGAAAGGCCACAUGCCCAGUGUUGUAACUUAUACCUGUUUAAUUUAUGGUUUUUGCAAUUUGCAACGCAUGGACAUGGCUAACUUGUUGGUUGAUGAAAUGAAGAGGAACAAAGUGACUCCAGAUGUGGUAACUUACACUGUUCUCAUCACUUGUUACCAUAGACUUGGAAAUAUUGAAAGAGCACGCGAGUUAUUUGAUGAAAUGAAGGCAAGUGGUAUUGCUCCAGAUGGUAUGGCUUUGCACUGGGGAAUAAAAGCUGGUGCAGUAUCCAAAAGCUAGGAAGCUGAGGGAAUGGCGUUGUGAGGACCAGAUGUAUUAGUGAAGCGGAUAAUACUUAUGACUCGAGCUUUUUGGUGAUUGAAGAGGGAUUUAUUUCUGGAUAAUACAACUUAAGGAGUACACAAUUGGAUUGGUUAUGGAGUUGGAUAACAUUGCAAAAGCCACCUUCGCGUAAAGACAGGAAGGGGCGACCAAAGUGGCUACUCUACUUGGGCAUGACUAUAGUAGUAACUGCCUGCUUGAAACCAAUGAUAGGAGGGGCCUAGACAGACAGGGAGACUGCAGGCACUCCCUCAAACUGGUUUAGCAAAACUGUGGUCCAACCCCACCGAGGACACUAGUGCCACCCAAGUCGGUGGUGUACCAUUGGUGUUUAUAUUUGUGUUUUGCUAUAUUUGACCUCGUGCAUUCUUUUUAUUUUGUGUAAUUGAAUUUACAUGUAUCUUGCAGAUGCUAUGAGCAAAGCUCAAACCCUUGGAAACUCUCUAAAACCUCCCAAUAAGGCAAGAUAUGGUUAUUUCUCCAAAUUUAACUUGGAAAAGUGGAAUCUUUUUGAUUAUCAAGAUGUAGGAAAGAUAAAAACAAAACAAAGAGAAGACUACAGUUGGCUACCCUUAGCUUAAUUGGUUUUUUCAAGGUGAAUAUUGUCUGUUUGGGUCAAGUAUAGCUACUGUACCAGUAAAGAGCAAAAAAUAACUCAAAGGUGGAAGGCAUUGCAAGGACGAAGCCAACAGGGGUUGGUGCAGCAAAAAAAAAAAAACAAGACAAUCUAUGAUUUGCCGCAGCCCGCAAGACCUUGUGUAUCUUAUUAUGUCGCUUCCUGAGUGGAGCUAGCUUUGAACAACAAUGACCACAAAAACUGCGAUGACAACAAUGACAGUUGCAGUGGAUGGAUACUAGGAGUAUUCUUUGAUGAGCAACAGUGUUUUUAUAUUAAUGUUUAAUCUCGACAUUUCACUUGAAAUGAAGAAGAUCCUGAUUGUCGUAAUAUAUGUUGUUUUGACAGUCUUACGAUUAGUGCUAAUACAACAGAUCAACAAAUUCUAUUAACUA